AUGGGGAAUCAGGCCCAGGGACCCAGAGUGUUUGCGGCAGAUGAUGUCUUGGACCAGGCUGCUGGGACGUUUGGGGAGAGUGGAGAUAUUCCGGUGGUUCCACCAAAAAAUUCCAAAGAGGAACUUCUCAAAAGAGUGGACUUUACUUCUAUAGAUGAAGCUGCUAUCAAGGCACCACCUGAACUUUUACUGGAGAAUUUCUGGGAUAUAUCGGACCACCUGGUGGUAUCAAAAAGUUUUAAGGUCAUUGAUGACCUUUAUAGAAUCCGUGCUAUAUUUAGAUGGUUGACGUCAUUUGAUGAGGAGAGUAUUACGUCACAGAUUCUUCCCCCUGAAAACAGUCCCCUGGAAUACCUCAUUAAAAUAGGGUCAGACUUUGGAGACCAUGCUAACCUGCUUUAUGUCUUAUGUGUAUCCGCCAACAUACCAUGUGUUGUAAUAAACGGGGUGUCUAAGCAUGGUUUUUAUGAGGUUGGGGAUGAAAUUCGCAAAGAAGUAUUGGCAUCGAAAUGGAACGCAGUAUUUGUGAAUGGGGAGUGGCGCCUAAUAGACCCUUUCUGGGCGCACACCUCCAUCCCUUACGAUCAGUACCGUGAUCAAAUAGCCGUAGACGAUGAAGGACAGAUAACUCUCUCUACUGAACUGGGCGACACUGAGGGAGAACCUCGCCCGGUCAAUGAAUUUUUCUUUCUGUGUGACCCGGAAAAAUUGAUCUGCACGCACUUCCCAGACGAAGAACAGUGGCAGCUUCUGGACGACCCUAUCACUGAGGAACGAUUUCAGGAACAACCGUACUUCAGGGAACAUUAUCAUGAGAUGGGACUCGGCGUUAGUAAAGGAUUCCCAGACACAGAUAACUGUAUCCUGCGACCAGACGGGAGGCCAUGUAAAAUUAGCUUUGAUUUGCCCAAAGACAGAGGUGCAACCCAAGACUUUAAAUUCUCUGUGACUGAACUGGACGUGGAUGAAAACACUGACACUACUGACUUAGAGAAAUAUGUCAUGAUGAGCAAAUCAAAAUCCACAUUACAGUUCGGCGUGUGCUUUCCUUUCAUUGGUCGAUUUCGCCUAGAUGUAUAUGGAACGGAUGACACGAUUAACAACCAAUUCAACUUAGUCUUUUCAUAUUUAAUCCACUGUGGCGUGCCUAUCAAAAACUUCAGUGGAUUCCCAGAAGUCCCUGAGCAUGGAUGGGGACCUCAUCCAAUUGCGGAGGAACUCGGGAUUGUUCCAAUAAGCCCAAAGUCGAGUGUCAUAAAAACAGAAACAGGAAUUGUAGAAAUACGAUUUCCGGCCUCCAAAGCAAGGGAGAUCAGCCACUGUUUAGGUUCCACAAAUUUUGAUGCGGCUACUUUGAGCAGACAUGCUCUCGGCCGUUUAGACAGCGUCAGACAGGAAUACUUUGUUUAUGUGAGGCUUCCAGAACAGGGGGACUAUACUCUUAAAAUAUUUGCGGACGUGGACGAAUUGCGUGGCAAAAUUCCAGAUUCCACGAUCAUGACUUAUCUUAUUGAGUUUUCUGGAGAGGCAAAAAAUGAUCCAUACCCUUUUGUAUUAGGUAGUCAGAUUGGUCCAAAAUUAGGGGCAUUCCAGCUUGGUGUUGAGGCUAUCGAUGAAUCAAAUGGUGUGUUAAUGGCCUGGGAUGGAAAAUUAGAUUUAACAUUUACAGCUGAUGAAGAUUCCGCCUUGUUCAGCGAAUUAUCUACAUCCAAUCCAACUGCAAGGAAAGUUAUGAAUAUCAAGGAUAAAAGAGAGGAUGGAAAAUGGUUAUUUAGUCUGAAUCUACCUGUUGCUGGACUUUAUUCCUUGAAUCUGUUUGGAUGGAACGAGAAAGAAAAACACAAGAAAGUGGAAGAAGUUUUUAGUUUCUUGAUUCAGUCGACAGGGUCCCUCAGUAAAGAGGAACUAGAGAAACUAGAGAAAAAAACCAAAGGGAGGAGAAAAGUCAAUUCCGGAAUCACGAAUAUGGAGAGAUCAAAUACAGUGCUGGAUAGUGAAUCUCAGAUCGCUAAGUCACGUGUAGAUACUGAAAAUAACUCAUCAACAAAAGUGUCGUCUGACACUGGAGACAUAAUGAAAGAUGGUAAAGGAGUCGACAUAAUCUCAAAUUUGGCCUCCCCAAGAGACCCAAUAUCAACUGGCAGCUUUAACAGCAUGAACAAACCUCCCACGUCAACUGGUUAUGGGCGGCAACAGUCUCGGGGGAGCACAAAGACCACAGGAACCUUAGAUAAAGAAAGUACUACAAAAGGAAGUACUCACUCUAAAGAAAAACCAGCUAGUGACGGAAGUUUAAAACAUUCAUCUUCGCAAAAAAACAGGGACACAAAAAGCAGUGACAAAGCAACCCCUCGCAAAGGUGUUCUGAAGAAAGGAGAUGACAAUAACGCGUCACGAGAUGGAGUUCGAACCAAAAGGAAAGCGGUUUCUAUUGUGGAAGCCACUGGGAAAAAUGACGCAAGGCACAAGAAGAAGAAAGAUGAAUUAGACGUUCGAACGUUUCAAACCACCAAAAAUAUUGUAAAAAUCGAUAUUGAACAUCCAAUUAAAACUGUGUUUACAUCACUCCGCAAGACGGACGCCAUUGAUAAGCCUGGUGACAGAGCCGCAGUAAUAAAAACUAAGGAGGGGAUCGAGGUUCGAAUCCAAGGAUACGGACGGUAUCAAGUGGACGUCAUGACAAAAGAAAGCGGUCCACAUGUUAAGAUUGUAGGGCGGUACACAGUUAUCCGCGUCCCUUCCUCCAACCCUUCAAAAGACGAGUCCAUGUCAAACUCGAAGCUAUUUGGAGGAAAUGAAUUUGACGGAAAUGUGUUUUUAGACAGCGAUGACGAAAUUCCAGUCAGAGAAGACGUCACAGUCAGCAAACCGAAAAAGGUCACACCCAAGACUUCGGACAAGGUGGAUUAUGGAACAGUGGUCCCUGACUUGCGAUCAAUUAAAAGUGCAGACCUGUUAGACGAAUUUCUACAGGGAAGAUUUACUGAUGCAACCAAUAGAGACAUGAAGGCUAAACUAAGAAAAGUCCUAAAAGUUAGAGAUCUUAGUCUCAUUCUGAAAUAUCUGGAACUUUAUCAAUCGACAUCUAAAUCAACAAGGAACGCCAUCUUCCCAAAGGCCGUGCAGGACAUCAUGAAGAAAAUCAAACAACAGCAAAGACUGGUAGAAGAAUGUAAAAUGGAGACACCGGUCUUGAUGGAUGAAGAAAUUCGUGUCUCCAAGACUCCGGAUGUCGUCAGGGUGGUAGUCACUCAUAAAAUUAUGGACAAAAAUACAAGAAAAGAAAAAGUAUCCAAAGUCACUCUGGAAAUAAACCAGAUCGCUCUGACUGAAAUCAAACAGUACGCUAACCCACCAGAGGGCGUGCAUGAAUGUAUCAUGGCAACACUUGUGUUACUAGGCGACCAACCUGAAGAUUGCAAGGAUUUCAGUGCAUGUCAGGGACUGUUGUUUCGGACUGGGCGACAGUAUAUAAUGCGCAGAAUCACUCAAUUUAACACAAGAUGUGUCCCACAAGAUAGAGUAGACUUUGUGUCCAAGAUUGUCAAGGAAUUCAGUAUGUGGCAGAUCUUAGACGUUAGUAAGGGGGCGGCCGCUUUCUAUAUGUGGGUAAAAGCUAUGUUACAUGACAUCAAACAGAGAGCUCGUUCUGCGGCCCCAUCUACAACCGCAAAAUCUACCACGUCAGCCAAGAGAGUCCCUCCCAGACCCACCAUCCUCCCAGAGUACAUCAGUCGGAGGGACGGGACUAUUAUCCUCAGACUGUAG